CCAAUCGGCUCCUGCAGCUUCGGCUGCUGCUGCACAUUCUGCACCUGCGGCAGCUCACGCAGCUCGCCACGCUUCAACUGCUGCAACUGCUGCUGCUCAUGUUUAUUCUGCUGCACUCUCGCCAGGAGUACCUGCCACUCUUCCACCACAGCUGCCUCCACUUGCAGUUGCUUCUGCUGUCACGGCUGUAGCCCCAUUCGGCUGUCAUCACGCCCUGCUGGUGCUGCUACUGCUGCUGCUUCUCCUGCUGCUGUUGCUGAUUCUGGUAGCGACCCCGGGGGGGCACCGUGGAUCGAGAAGGCCUGGACGCUCCGAGGGGAGCGGAGAGGUCGCGGCCACCUGCAGUGUCUGGCAAACGUCCAUCCCCUGCGGCAGCUGAAGCUUUGCGAUGGUGCCCACGGGAAUCACGGAGGAGCAGAAGCGGAGGAUGGAGGAGAACCGGAGGAAGGCGCUGGCCAAGCGUGCCGAGAGGCUGGCGGCCGCGGGGCUGGGGCCCCCGCAGGCCGCCUCGGGAGGUCCACGGGCUAGCCAGGGAGGCCAAACAGGCCAGGGUCUGGUUGGCACCACGGGACGAGUUUUGGAGGUUCGCGCCAACCAAGGUGUGAACGGGAGUCCGGCUCAACCGCCAUUGAACGUGGGGGGCUCGGUGGGGGGCUCCUUGGGGGGCUCCGUGGGGGGCUCCUUGGGGGGCUCGGUGGGGGGCUCCUUGGGGGUCUCGGUGGGAGUCUCGGUGGGGGUCUCAGUGGGUGGUUCAGCGGGGGUCUCAGUGGGUGGUUCAGCGGCAGCAGAGCGGUGUGGUCAAAGCGGGCCACACGAGUCACCAGGGAGCAAUCCGCAACUGCUGCCGGGACAGGGCACGGGAGGGUUUCUCCCUCCGUCCGACGUCGCCAAACUCUGGAGCAACAUCAACUCGGUGAAGAGCGGCGUGAGCCCAAUGGGCACCGCCGCUGCCGUCACCACUGGUAGCGCCGCGCCGGGUGAAGCGACGUUCGGGAAGAAGAAAACGUUUCAGACGCCGCCCCUGCUCGACAGGAAGUCGCUGCAAUGUCCGGCGGACAACGGUGCGGCGUCCACGCCAGCGACACGCUUUUAUUCCGCGAGCAGUGCGCGCCCCGGUGGCGAGCCCCGCGUGCCCAGCGCGCCGGCGGUAACUCCCCCGGUGUCGGAGCCGCUGGGGGGCGGAGGGAGUGGCAGCGGACCGCAGCGCCGCAACGUUGUGCGAGGCCGCUGCCUGGAGCUUCCCAACAAUCGUUUCAAGAUUGAGGUCGGCUACAAGUCCGAGCUCAUCGCCCUGUUUAAGCGAGUGCCCAGCCGCCUCUACGACCUAGAAGGGAAGACGUGGAGCUUCCUGCUGGAAGACCACGACAGCCUCAUGUCGGCAGUGCAGCACAUCCCAGGUGUGGAGAUCUGCCCGCUGGAGGGGCGCGAGUGCCCAGGGCUCCAGCAGCAGCAGCCGGAUGGCACCCCAACGGGUGGCGGAGGAGGUGGGCCCAGCAGGGGCCUCGGGUUGCCCCGCACGGCCAGCACCAUCAUGCUCGUGGGACACGGCUGGAAGAAGCCUCCCAGCAUGGCAGUGACGGCGCGCGGGCGCUGCGUGCUGGUGGGGCGCUCGCGCUUCGAGGUGGACGUCACGUACCACGCCGAGGCCAUCGGCAUCUUCAAGCAGAUCGAGUCACGCAGCUACGAUGCUGUCACGCGGAAGUGGAACUUCCUCUUGGAGGACUACUGCGAGCUGAUGCCGCAGCUGUGCCGCUGUGCCGGAUUGGAGGUGGAGCCCCUGCCGGAGGCGCUGGUGCGCACGUUCCUGCCGCAGUUUGAGCGCAGCCGGGCGACUCGCGAGCCUUUCCGGGACAUCGACCUCACCGCGGUGGGGGAGACCCUCACGGGCAGCCUCAUGCCCUUCCAGCAGGAGGGGGUCAACUUUGCCAUAGCUCAGGAGGGCCGAGUGUUGAUUGCCGAUGACAUGGGUCUGGGCAAGACCAUCCAGGCGAUCUGCGUGGCCGCCUUCUACCGGGCCGAGUGGCCACUGCUCGUGGUGGCCCCCUCCUCCGUCCGCUUCACCUGGGCAGAGGCGUUCCGGCGGUGGCUGCCUUGGUUAGACCCCCAGCAGAUAAACGUGGUGGUGACCGGCCGCGACAACCCCAACUCGGGGCUGGUGAACAUCAUCAGCUACGACCUGCUGAGCAGGAUCCAGGGCAAGCUGGAGGAGAAGGGCUUCGCUGUCAUCAUCGCAGACGAGUCCCACUUCCUGAAGAACGUGAAGACCGUCCGCUGUAAAGCCGCCUUGCCCCUGCUCAAGAAGGCGCGGCGCGUGCUGCUGCUGUCCGGCACCCCGGCCAUGUCGCGCCCCGCCGAGCUCUACACGCAGGUGGCGGCCGUGCAGCCGCAAAUCUUCCCCAAAUUCCACGAGUUCGCGCUGCGCUACUGCAACGCCAAGCAGAUGCCGUGGGGCUGGGACUACACGGGCUCGUCGAACAUGGCGGAGCUGCGCCUGCUGCUGGAGGAGACGGUGAUGAUCCGGCGCCUCAAGGCCGACGUGCUGAGCCAGCUGCCGGCCAAGCAGCGCAAGAUGGUGGUGGUGGCCCCCGGCGUCAUCGACGCCAAGGCCAAAGCGGCGCUGGCCGCUGCCGCCAAGGCCAUGGACAGGGCCGGGAAGCAGUCGAAAACCCAGGAGAAGGAGGCGCUCAUGCUGUUCUUCAGCAAGACGGCCGAAGCGAAAGUCUCUGCCAUUGUGGAGUACGUGAGCGAUCUGCUGGAGAGCGGGCGAGCCAAGUUCCUGGUGUUUGCUCACCACCGCGUGGUGCUCGACGCGCUCUCCGCACACCUCGGCAAGAAGGGCGUGGGCUACAUUCGCAUCGACGGCAGCACCGCCUCGGCCGAGCGGCAAGCGCUGUGCGAACGCUUCCAGCGCGACGACGCCAUCAAGGUGGCCGUGCUCUCCAUCACAGCCGCCAACAUGGGCAUCACGCUCUCCGCCGCCGACCUCGUCGUGUUUUCCGAGCUCUUCUGGAACCCUGGGGUGUUGAUCCAAGCGGAGGACCGCGUGCAUCGCAUCGGGCAGCUGUGCUGCGUGAACGUGCACUACUUGGUGGCACGCGGAACCUCCGACGACUACCUGUGGCCGAUGGUGCAGGAGAAGCUGCGGAUCUUGGGCGAGGCCGGGCUCUGUGGCGACAGCUUCAAGAACACGCAGUCCACAGCCUACUCUGUGAAGGACCCCAAGCAGCAGUCGAUCAUGGAGCUGCUGUGGCUGUGCGGGGACGAGCCCGACGACGCCGCCUUGGCUGCCGCCCUGGACGACCACGCCAAGGACGGGGGCUGCACGGCAACCGAUGCCAUGGCGACAGCCAGCACGUCAGAGAGCCCCAGCAAGAAAAGGAAAAUCGAAGACUGGUUUCAGAAAAAGUAACAAAGUAUUCAAAAGGUUGAAAGCCUAAGUUUUAAAUGCGUUUGUUUUGUACAGGUUGCUGUUUGUGUUUAUUUGUAUAUUUGCAGUGGUGUGUGUUGAAGCAUUAAAUGUUUAAAUUUUCUCCAUUCAUCAUGUUAAUGUAUAUAUUUUUGUAUUAUUUGUGAUUUUAGUCAAUUACUUCCUCCCAUCUGGCAGCAGCACGGCCACCUGCCCAGCUCGAGUGCGGUUUUCCGGGUUGGGCCGCGUGUUGAGCGUUUUGUCGCCAUUCACUUUAGCCGUGAAUCUCCAACUCCCACCUGCCAGUGGCUGCGAGUACUCGCGUGAAACAUAGUGUUGCCAUCAUUCAACCAGUACAGGGACCUGGCACUUGCACAUCGAGCCGUGACCAAGAUAAAAGCCUUUUCCACGGAGAGUUCAUGUGGAACUACCCCGGGCUGGCUGCAUUGCGACCGACUCCACAAGACCAGGUGUGACCCUCUAAUCCUGCCGCCACUGCCGGGUGUAAGAGGUACAUUUCCCAUUAACCCCUUCACAGCUGAUCCAGUCUCGUCUCGGCGACAAUGCCGUCCUGUGGCUUUUGUUUGCCGGUCACACACACACACGUUUGUCUGCUGCUGCCGAGUGACAUCUGUAAAAGACACUGCACGUAGUACGGACUACCGUCACAUGUCCCAAUCAUUGUUACCAAAAAAACGGACCCAUUUCACAGAAUUAAGCGGCUGGCUACAGUGACGUGAAGUUGAAAAAAGGCAUGGCUCUGAAAAUGUGUGAACCUCUACGGCCGUACUCUUAGUCAAGGCUGCUCUGGCUCGGCCUAGAAAGCGGCUCGGCUCAGGCUUAAGCCACUUGGCUACUUCCCAAGACGCAUGGAGGGCUCGGCCACGGCUCAAACUCUGCUCAUGGAAAUCCUCAGC